AUGUCAUAUGUUAUACCUGAAACUCCAAAACGGCGGCCCGAGUUUUUUCAUGUUGUCCUAUUAUUCGUAGCAACUAUAAUUUUAUCGUUCAUUCUUGUGGAUCCAAUUUAUCCAUUCCCCGAAUCUGUUAUAUCUGGAGAUCCUUGGUGGAGAUAUGAUCCCGACCCCUUAAUUGUUAUGGUCACUGUUAUAGAUGAAUCAAGUAAAGACGGAAAUAAUAAGGAUGUGAAUAAUUUAACAUCUAGUGAUUACUUUAAGGAAAUCGGUAUCAAGAAUAAAAUUAUUUAUGCUGAUAAGUAUGGAUAUGAAUUGGUUAUUAAAGGAUCCUGGGAAAAUAUACCUAUAUUAUUGGAAACCAUGAAGGAAUAUCCAAAAUCCGAUUGGUUAUGGUGGAUGAAUUCGAAUAUAUUUAUCUCGAAUUAUUCGAUUAGUCUUUCGUCGAAUGUAUUACGAAAUGUCACACAAGCCUCAUUUGCGGAUAGGCAAAUGUUGAUUGGAUACGACUGUCAUGGCCUUAGCACUGCAUCAUUUCUUAUACGUAAUUCUCCCUGGGCUAGAGAUUUUUUGGAAACUUUGCAUAAUUCACUAUUAUUCAAGGAUUUUGAAGAUGAAGAAACCGCUAUGCAAAUGUUGAUUGAUUUUGAAGCUAUUGAAGUUGGUUCAAAGAUUUCAUUUGUUCCUUUGCGAACUUUGAACGCUUUACCGUUUAAUCAUAAUUGUGGCAAUGAUGAGAAGUAUGUAUGGCAUAAGGAUGAUUUUGUCGUGAAUUUUACUGGAUGUGAGGAAGCCAAGGAAGAUUGUGAAAAACGAUUCGAAGAGAUUUUGUUACGCACAAAGCCGGUAAAAAAAAGUAAUUCUUGA